GGUGGACGUCAUCGAACGUCACCCGGUACCUCUGCCACUCAUCACUGACACUCAGCUCUCUCACCACAUCUCCGUUGUCGCUCGCCCAAAAUUCACCAAUUGAGUCGUUGAUAACUGCCGUUGAAGAUCGUCGGCAAUUGCAAACCUCAUCAAUUGCAAAGCAGCAAGUCUUCUGGUCACCAGGGAAGCGUUUGAGCGCCAUCCUCAUAGGACCCCAAGCGUGAAGCUUAAUUCCCUUAGACCAGACGGACGGCUAGCUCCCCGCACUUCCCACAUCUUUUGUCAACAACGAGCCAAGAGCUUCAUCCUCCUCCGCUUCAUCACAAUGCCCAUUACACUACAGAGAGCAGUCGCCCCGGCGUCACGAUUUGUACCGAGAACCAUCUUCAGAUCUGUUCGGACACCGUAUAUCCCCUUCACCCUCAGAGCCGCUUCAACCAUGGUUCCCAAGCUCAAAGACCCCUCACUCCUGAAGCAGGAUGUCUGCUACGUCAACGGCGAAUGGGUAAAGGCAAAGUCUGGCAAGACCUUUGACGUGACCGACCCCGCCACCGGCACCAAAAUCGCAUCAUGCCCCGAAUUCUCCGCAGCCGAUACGGACGCCGCCAUCGCCGCCGCCGCCACGGCCUUUGAGACCUUCCGCAACAAGACUGGCCGCGAGCGCUCCAAGCUGCUGCGCAAGUGGUACGACCUCAUGAUGGAGAACGCAGAGGACCUGACCACUCUCAUCACCUGGGAGAACGGCAAGCCCGUCGCCGAUGCCAAGGGCGAGGUCACCUACGCCGCCAACUUUUUCGAGUGGUUCAGCGAGGAGGCUCCGCGUAUUUACGGUGAUACCAUUCCUUCCUCCGUUCCUGGGAACCGCGUCUGGACGAUCAAGGAGCCGGUUGGCGUCUGCGGUCUCAUUACACCAUGGAACUUCCCCGCCGCGAUGAUCACCCGCAAAAUCGGCCCCGCCCUCGCAACAGGCUGCACAGUAGUCUGCAAAGCCCCCGGCGAAACCCCCUUCACCUCCCUCGCCAUCGCCGAACUCGGCCACCGCGCCGGCAUCCCCGCCGGCGUCGUCAACGUCGUCACCUCGCUCGACAACACCCCCGAAGUCGGCGAAGCCCUGACCACCAACCCGACCGUCAAGAAAAUCUCCUUCACCGGCUCCACAAACGUCGGCAAGCUCCUCAUGAAGCAGUGCUCCGGCACCCUCAAGAAGCUCUCCAUGGAACUCGGCGGUAACGCGCCCUUUAUCGUCUUCGACGACGCCGACGUCGAUGCUGCUGUUACGGGAGCGAUUGCCUCCAAGUUCAGGUCCUCGGGCCAGACGUGUGUCUGCGCGAACAGGCUGUACAUCCAAAGCGGCGUCUACGACGACUUUGCGCGGAAAUUCGCCGCCAAGGUGGAGGAAUUCAAGGUCGGCAACGGCUUUGACGAGGGAAUCACCCACGGACCGCUGAUCCACGACCGCGCCAUCGAUAAAGUCGAAUCCCACGUCCGCGACGCAGAGCAAAAGGGCGGAAAAGUCGUCGUGGGCGGGAACAAGAUCUCCAAGCUCGGCCACAAUUUCUACGAGCCGACCGUCAUCACGGGUAUGACCAGGGACAUGGCCAUGUCGAGCGAGGAGACGUUUGGUCCCGUUGCGGGGCUGUUCAAGUUUGAGACGGAGGAGGAGGUUGUGAAGCUGGCGAACGCGACCAACGUCGGGUUGGCGGGGUACUUUUUCUCGAGGGAUAUUCAGCGCGUGCAUCGCGUCGCGGAGCAUCUUGAGGUCGGCAUGGUGGGUGUCAACACGGGGUUGAUUUCGGAUCCGGCGGCGCCGUUUGGGGGUGUCAAGGAGUCUGGGUUCGGUAGGGAGGGGUCGUUGUAUGGUGUUUCCGAGUACCAAGUUACCAAGAUGGUUACGUACGGCGGUAUGGGCCAGUCUCUGCAGAAGUAAAGAAAGGGGGACCAGGGGGUGGGAGUCGAAAACGAUGAGAAAGAAUGUGUGUUUUAGCGGGCAACCCUUGGGAUAGGAGUUGGUAAUUCUACUGUUCAACUAUUUUGCAUGAGCGAA